GAGUAUAUCGUCCGGCAGUGUCCCAUAGAUAUACAUGAAAAGAAAAGCGAUGGACGGACGCCUGGGCCCGAAAGAGAAAGCGCGAUGUGCAACAGCGUCGUCAAACACGUUUUCAGCGUUCUUCCCUUUUCCUCUGGAGAUCCUGGAGGAGAUCUUCCUGAAUCUUCCUCCUGAUCAGGUGGUUUGUAUUUGCCAGUUAGUGUGCCGUCAAUGGAAAGAAGUGGUUGACAGUGAGACUCUGUGGAGAGAGAGAUGUAGAAGAGAAGGAUAUCACCUCCGCAAUGCUUCCAAAAUACCCAGAGACUGGAGGUUGUUUUACUUCUUGUGCAAGAAGAGGAGAAAUCUUCUCAAGAAUCCAAGAGGAGAACAAGACCUGAAUGGCUGGCAGAUUUUGGAAAAUGGUGGUGACAGAUGGGAAGUAGAUGGCAUUAGAGUGCCCCAUCCAGAUGAGUCGGUCCAGAAAAACUUUGUGACCUCUUACUUCAUGUGCAGGAAGUCGCAGCUGAUUGAUUUGGAGAAAGAAGGUUAUAACCCAUCAUUUAUGGAUCACUUCCAGCCAGACAUCAAAAUAUCUGAUUGGUAUUCACAGAGAACAGACUGUGGCAGUCAAUACGAGAUCCGUGUAGAGUUGUUGAAUCAAAGAAAGAGACCUGUCCAGACAUUUGCCCCUGAGACUGUUUACUUAAAGCAGUGGGAUGAGGAGAAAUGGAUCCAGAUGACCCAUGUAUUCCAGAACUAUGGACCAGGAGUGAGAUACAUCCGUUUUACCCACGGAGGCAAGGACACACAGUUCUGGGCAGGAUGGUAUGGAAUUCGUAUUACUGACAGCUGUGUUGAAAUAUGUUCAGCAAUGGACUCAUAACUCUUUGGGAUUCAUGUAAUGUCAGCUUUGCACCUUUACAAGUCUCAUUUUCUCUAUAUAAUCUGCAGUCAUGUAUGUACUCAGUUACGUCACCAAUAAGACAUUUUCAAAAGACUGCAUUAGUGGAACGAUGAAGAGCAGCAACCUGACCUCAUUAGGAAUAAAAGCCAUCUCCUCAGUAUUACUCACCUGUAGAAGUUGUCAACAUCAAUUACAUUUCUUAGUCUGUUUAGAAAGGGAUUUUCUUUGUGAAAGCUUAACAGUGUUGCAUUAUCAGCACCAAUGGAAAUUUUCUUUGCACUGCUCAGUAAUGUGUAAUGUUUAAUGUAGAAAAAUUGUUUUAAUAAUAUUUAUAUGUGUUUUAUACUACGCAAAUUUGAUGUCUGAACUGAAUAAAAAAAAAAAGACUUCAACAUAA